AUGGAAGCUCUUUCUCAACUUGCCUGCACCAGAUCCUCCCAAAAAAUCUCUCCGCAAAGUGUGCCUACCUCACUUCCGAAAGGUUCAACUAGUGCUGCUAUUUACAACUACGACGAAGAGUUUUCGGUUGAUUGGAAACCCCUUCCUGAUGAUUAUUUUGAUAAUUUGAUAGAAACAUUUCCAUCAUACUGCAAUCAAAAUGUAGCAUCGUCGAUUUUCUGUCUUGGCAGUAUUACUAAAGUCGAAAACCGUUCCACGAGCUUAUGGAAUGAUACAGAAGAGGAAAUUUGGAGACAUUGUGAUAAGAAGGGGCCCAGCAUUGUGUUACAGUUUUGGAAUUUGAUCUUGCUCGAAGUUGUGGCGAUUGUUCACGGUCUUGGUGAGACAGUUUAUUGUCGCCAUGAAAAAUCUAUUAUGGGGCCUGAAAAUUUGACAGUGAGUCCUGUUAAAUCUAUCAUGCUCGGAAGCCUUGAGUAUGAUAAUUUUGACCCGUUCUUCUCCAUUGUAUUAAAAUCAUACGGACUACAUGAAUUGAUUUGCAAUGGCACUCUUCAAAGUGGCUCGUUAACUCGUCAAGUUAUCAUCAGUAUGUUGAACGGAUCAACAGAUUCUUUCAUCCUUUCGGAUUAUUUCACCAAUAUUGUUUUCAUGUUGAAAGAUAAUCUGGGUUUGGAAGCCCGGGCUAAAGAGAUCCGGGCUUCCAAUAAUAGAAUAUGGAAAGAGGUUGAAACAAAAAGCAGACGAAUGGCAGAGCUUGAGUGGGAAAUUAUGGAAGAAAAGUUCAUGAAGAAAAAACAUGGGCUACUGGAAAAAAUAGCUAAGAUAAAAAAGUUGAAAAAUGACGCUAACGAAUUGGCUCAGCAACGUCUUGCAAUUUCAAUUAAGAUAUCUUACAGAAUCUUCAAAAAUGAUGAUAUGAAAUGCCCAAUAAAUAUGGUAUUAGCCAGUUUAAUUCACCAUCGUAAUAACUACACAGAUGAUCAAGUUGAAAAUGUGCAAUUGAAAACAGAGAGAUUAAGAGGGAUUUUGAGCAACAACGCAAGAGGUAGUUACAAUGAAGAGUGCACAAAUUUGCAAAGUGAUAAUCCUCAUUUUUUAUACAUCAUUUCGAUGACUGUUGGUGCGUGCUAUAGGUUCUUUCCUGAUUUUCCUAAGAUAAGUGCUCCUUGUGAGAGAAUUGUGAUGAAAGUUUAUGAUCCUGAUUUCAUUCAAGAUUAUAAAAAGAUAUCUAGAACUGGAAGACCGGGUCUGGUGGAUAGAAGGUGUAUGGAAGCUGCUGCCCAGAAGUUCGACAAAGAAAUCAUGACCUAUCGCACUAUAUUUGAUCAUAAUUUACUGUGCACUUCGAAAGAAGACAUUAUUCUCGCCCCCAAGAUUAUAUACCAUGGGGAUGUAAUUCUUUGGGACAACAAUGAUUUGAAAUUUGGGGGACUUGCAAUAUUUAUGACAGAGAUUCCGAAAGGUGACAAAGUCACGAAAAAACUGAUUGAUUUUGGGUUUCAUCAAUUGCGACUAUUAUCUGACCUAGGAAUAUAUCCUGCAUAUUUCUUAAGAAAAAAUUAUAUACUAACCCCAGAUGAGAAAGUUGUGUGGGUUGGUUAUGGUAAAACGAGCUUACUCUCAGAUUUGGAAACAAAUACCCAAAGAUUUGAUCUGAUAUUCGAUAGUGAAGUGUGA